GAGGAAAGGACGUGUCGUCUCUUAAAACACGUGUGCUCUCUCCUCUCUGCUCUCCUGCUGUCGGGGAGGACGGAUGUCUGCCGGCGGCUUCAGGUGGACGGUGGUCGUGCUCACCUGCCAGCACAAGGACAGCGUGUACGCCUUCCAGAGAGAGCUGGAGUUGAGGCAGCAGCGUGGCUCUCUCUCUCCGGGUGCGUUGGUUUUGACUGUGCGGGACCGCCAGGAGCCCCUGGGCAGCGGGGGGACGCUGAACGCUCUGCUGGUCGCUGCUGAACACCUGAGCAGCCGAGCCGGACACACGGUGGUGACGGCCGACGUCCUGGAUGAUGCUCACAUCCUCAUCCUCCACUCGGGUCGAGACUUCCCCUGGAGCUCCUGCAGCAGAGCGUUCUGCUGGCUGCCGGCUCCAGAGGAACCGGACCAGAGGGUCCAGGCUCCGGUCUGCUGUCUGGACCUGCUGCUGGACCGCCUCGGUACCCAGAUCUGCCCCGGUUCUCCUCCUGGUGUUUGGGUCUGCAGCACCGACAUGAUCCUCAGCCUCCCUCCGGACUUCAUUUUGUCCUGGGAGGGUUUCUCUGGAGUUCGGGUGUUGGCGUUGCCAGGCGACGUCUCCUACGCAGCCAAUCACGGCGUCUACCUGUGCGACCAGCAGGGUCGGGUCAGGGACAUCAUCUACAGGGGGACAGAGGAGCAGAUUCAACAGGCCCUGAUGCAUGAUGGGAAAGUGCCUCUGGUUUCAGGUCCGGUGUUCUUCAGCAGCUCCGUCUCAGAGAAGUUACUUCAGACUCACGUGACUCCUCCUCUGGACGGCUGCACCUACCUGGGCCUGGACUCUGGAGCUCCGCCCCUCCAGGUGUCUCUGUUCCUGGACCUGCUGAAGUGUCUCUGCUCUGAUCUGACCCAGGACCAGUUCGUCUGUGAGGACCGAGCCGGCUGCAGUUCACCUGGAGGACCAGAGGGGGCGACGGUGAGGAGGAGCAGGGCGGAGCUGUGGAGGGUCCUGAGAGGAGAGACAGUCAGUCUGGCGUACGUCCCCGGCGGUCGCUAUGACUACCUGACUCUGUCUGGAAAGCAUCAUGUGGAGCGUCUGUGCUGUGAUUGGACGAACAGAAACACUCUGUCUCACAUCCAGAGAGAGAACGUCGUGGACGCCAGAGGCCGGGUGAUCAACAGCGUUCUGGAGGGAGACGUUGCCGUGGCGAUGGGCGCGGUGGUGCAACACUGCCACCUGCAGGGUCCUCUGGAGGUCCCUUCAGGUUGUUUACUGUCCGGUCUCCAGUUGAUGACAUCACAGUGUAUCAGGCAGCUGGAGCUGGCUGAUGACAUCAUCAUCCAGGGACAUCGAAUAGAGGUGGGGCAGCUGAAGCUGAAGGUCUACACGGUGACGGGAGCUCAGGACGACCUGGAGGUCUCCUCUGAUGACAGCAGCUCCUCCUUCCUGAACCAGAGUUGGAUUCUCUUCUUCAGCAGAACAGGAAUCCAGCCGGAGGAGUUGUGGGUGAGAGGAGAACGGCGCUCCCUCCAGGAUGCUCGUCUCUUCCCGGUCCCUCCCCGAGGAGGUGCUGUGGGUCUGGAGGGAGGAGUCAGCUGGCUGCUGGGAGGAGCCGGCUGUCUGCGGAGCUGGAGGGAGGCGUGGAGGCUCUCUUUGAAGGAGGUGAUGUCGCUCACCUGCCAGGAGGCGGAGCUCCAGUGGAGGGAGGAGUUACUGUUCCUGGCAGGAAGGAGGAGAGUGAUGGACGCCCUGAGGAGUCGCACCGACGUCUGUCUGCUGCCUUGCUUCAGGGCCGCGGUGCUGGGAGGCCAGCAGGGGGCGCUGCUGGAGACACUGGACAGCAUUGCAGCAGGUAGCAGGCAGCAUUGGGCGGAGUCAGGGGCGGAGUCAGGGGCGGGGUCAGGGGCGGAGCUUGGCGUGGCCUCCCGCUGCCUCUCCUGCAUCGCUGACGUGUUGGUGUGCAUGGCGGGGGCGGGGGGCCUGAGGAGCGGGCCGGCCGCUAAUGAGGCCUGGAGCUCCGCCUACUACCUGUUGGAGGAAGGUGACCUGAGGGGCGGGGUCAAGGCCCUUGCUACGCAGAGAGAUGAUUGGCUGAGCAGGCCGGACCUGCUGGUUCGGGCAGCGCGUCACUACGAGGGCGCCGGCCAGGUGCUCCUACGACAAGCUGUGAUGUCAUCGCAGACGUUCAUCUCCAUUGGCCAGGGGGAAGUCCCGCCCCUUGAGGAGUGGCAGGAGGUGGAGUGUCCGGCCCGACUGGACCUGGCAGGCGGUUGGAGCGACACGCCGCCCAUCGCCUUCGAGCACGGCGGCUCUGUGACCAACGUGGCGGUGAAGGUCGACGGGAGGCGCCCCAUCGGCGCCCGGGCCCGUCGCAUCACAGAGCCCCGCCUCCUGCUGGUCAGCCACACGGGGCGGGGCAGCGGCGUUUCCACGGAGACGGUGUGUGACGUCCUGGAUGACCUGAGGGACUACUGUCAGCCGCACGCACCCGGAGCCCUGCUGAAGGCCGUGUGUGUGUGCAGCGGUCUGGUGUCGCUCUCCUCCCAGAAUGCCCUGCGGGAUCAGCUGAUUCAGCGGUGGGGGGGCGGGGUGGAGCUCCACAGCUGGUCGGAGCUGCCCACCGGAUCUGGACUGGGUACCAGCAGUAUCCUGGCGGGGGCGCUGUUGGCGGCGGUCUACAGGUGCACCGGUAGAACCUACGACACGGACUCCCUCAUCCACGGCGUCCUGUACCUGGAGCAGAUCCUCACCACAGGUGGAGGCUGGCAGGAUCAGGUGGGAGGUCUGGUGGGCGGAGUCAAGGUGGGCCGAUCCAGAGCGUCUCUGCCGCUGCAGGUGGAAGUGGAGCGUCUCAGUCCUCCAGAAGACUUCCUGGUUUCUCUGGAGCUCCACCUCCUGCUGGUCUACACCGGGAAAACCAGACUGGCUCGCAACCUGCUGCAGGAUGUGGUUCGUAGUUGGUACAGUCGUCUUCCUUCGAUGGUCCAGAACGUUCAGCAGCUGGUGGCAAACUCAGAGGAAUGUGUCCGAGCCUGUUCAGAGGGUUCUCUGUCCAGACUGGGGUGUCUGGGGGAGCGCUCGUGGCAGCAGAAGAAGCUGAUGGCUCCGGGCUGUGAGCCGUCCUCAGUGAGGACCAUGAUGGAGGCCCUGAGGCCGCUGGUCCUGGGUCAGAGCCUGGCCGGGGCCGGAGGGGGGGGCUUCCUCUACCUGCUGACCCGGGAACCCCGACAGAGGGAGGCGGUGCUGCAGGUCCUCACCAACACACCUGGUCUGGGAGACUUCAGUGUUCACUCAGUGGAGCUGGACAUGGACGGGAUUCAAGUCCUACCUACAUCCUGAGGACACACACACACACACACACACACACACACACACACACACUUUAUUAAUGUACCAAAACACGUUUGUCUGUUGAAGUCAGAUUAUCUUUGACUGAACAUCAAAACCAACAGAUUUAAAUUCAUUUAUAAACAUGGACGUCCCCCUGCUGGCCAUUAGCGGUGCUGCUAACGUUACUAGCUCUUCCUGCUGCUAAUUGACUGAUUGUAAAAGUUGAUCAGUGUUGAUCUUUGUGAUGCCUUCAGUGUUGGUCGGGACAUUAUGAUUGUCAUUCAGACACUUUAUUUUAUUUGUUAUGAAUCUAUUUUUAAUAAUGAAGCUAUGAGAUUCUGUUCAGUAUUCAGAUUAUAAACCACAGAAUGAAGAACA